CCGAGUCCGUCUCCGCUCCGCUCCGUCGUGGUGGAUGGGAGCUGCGCAGAGCUGCGCCGCGCGCCGUUCGUUGGAGCCCGCAGUCCGCCCGUACGGCGUACUGAGCCCUGCCAUUGUUCGGCCUGCUCCCUUGCAUCGGCUGCAUCGGCUCGUCGCCGCCAAAUUAAGCCGUGGACUGUGACUGUGUUGUGUGUGCAUACAUUGGAUAUACGAGUGGAGCCUCGCGUGGGGCCUGGCUGGCGGUGCGGCGUAGCGGCGUAGCAUAGCGCGGUGCUGAGCGGCCCGCCUGCGGCCGUGUGCUUGUGCUGUGCGCCGCGCUGCGAUGUGGAGAUGGUGUUUCUGGCUCUAGAACGCCGCCGCCGUCCGCCCGUUGGCAUAGCUAGCCGUCGGCCAGCCCUGAGCCCUCCCAGCCCCAACCCCAUCACGUGGGCCAGGGCAGGGCUGUCCCCGCGUCAAGCCGGUGGGCCCCCAGCCCCCUCAGCCCAGCAGAGGCCCUUGCCCGCAAUGUUUGUUUUGAGUGAGUGGUGUGGACGCGACCGGGUAUGAUGGGUGCCCUCAGAUCGCUUAGUUGGGGUUAUGUGCGCCCAGACUGCUUCAAAAAUAACUGUGACAAUUGUUUGCCAGUGUCAGUCAAAAGAUUGAAUCAAUAGUGAAUGUUUAGUGUUGCUGCAACUAGCACUAGUCACUAUGUGUCAGUGUUUGGAAUCGAGUGUGAUGUGUGACUUUGUCUGUCUGUAGGAUCUGACUAAUCUCAUGGAUGAGUGAGAUUAGGAAAAGGCUUGGAGCCAGAUGUGGUUGUCAUGGCCCCAGCCUUGACGGAACCUGGUCAAACUCAGAACUUGAAGUUGCUCCCAUCACAUUCGUCACCUGCAUCCCCAACGGCUGCAGUGCGUGCUGUGAGCGAUGAAAUCUUCUUCUGCGAUGUGGCCCGGCAUUUGAAGAGUGACAACAUCCUCAACGGUAACGGUGUCUGCAUCAAUGGGACUAAGCUGAAAAACGGCUUGGGCAACCUCAAGCCAAGCCGUCCUCGUCUCAUCAUCCCUGCCGAGUCUUGCCUCACUCCGUGUCUUGACGUCUCGGAUUGCAAGGGAGAAAACGGGGAAAGGAGCUUUAUGAUGAAUAGUGACUCCUCCAACCAAGAUCAAUCAAAUAACAUGGGCCUACAGAAAUCACAUCCAGGGAUGACACCCAGUUUGGAGGCAGGAGGUUUCCUCAAGGAAAGCUUCCUUCCACCAGAGGUGGAUCAACUGUUCAAGAACUUGGGUGCUGCCAUCAACAGCAAUGAUAUCGGCCCAAACAUGGACGAGUUGCUACAAGUUUUCAAGAGCAUGGAGUCAACGGUAGAGGACGGCACAUUGGAAGAAGCAUUGUCAGCAGCGCAAGAGCAGGUAGAAAAUGUGGAGGGAGACCCUAUUUUUCCGAUCUCAGAGGGUGCAGACCUAUCUUCGGCCUUCAACUUUGAGAGGGAUAUUUUCAAUGAAUUGGAAAUGAAAAUGUGUGGAGAUCCUGACCCAGACCCUCACAUGCCUGAUGCUGACACUACAAUGACAGAACCUGCCAAAGAAUGCAAUGCCAAUGAAAGAAUAGAAGAAGCAAGAAAAAAGCAGUUUCAGUCAGAGCGGCGCUGUGAGUUUUUGUUGCGACGCUUGCGUAAAUUGCAGUCUAAGACCAUGGGCAGGCAUGCGAGUGAAGAAAUUAAUGGAUUAAUGAAAGAAACACAACGCUUAAUGGUUGAGGCUCAGACCCAAGCUCAGUCUCAGGAAGUGAGUCGGGUCAGGCCUCCAAGAACUAUUACGCAAAUGUUGAGGCAAUUUGAUGACUCGGCUCACUCAGCAGCCAACAAUCGUCACCCUCAGCAUCGCUACUUCGGUUCAGGGUCCAGUGAUCGGACAGCAACAGUGCCUUUGGGCACAGAUGUCACUGUAGUUGGCCCUGAACUGAGGGCGGAAGUGGAGAAGGUGGCUGGCCAACUUCAUACCCAGUUCCGCAUGGUGGAAAAUGCCAUGGAUUCAGAUGUGACUGCGAGCAGUUCUGGAGGAGAAAGCUGUGAUGAAAUGGUGUCCUACAACAACCCCCACCAGCAGCCCCUGCCUAUAAUGAAGAGAGCAGCCUGGAGAUGGGCACAGGAGCGAGCAGGGGUGGCGAGUCGAUGGACAUGGCUUCAGGCUCAGAUUUCAGAUUUGGAAUACCGCAUACGUCAGCAUACUGAGAUUCACCGACAAAUACGCUUAAACAAAGGAGAAGUCAAGUUGGGUGAAGCGCCCAGCCAGGAUACUUCUCAAACACCUAACGGCUUCCACACUAAUCCUGUGGAAGGGGUUAAAGAACCACCAGAGUGCAUGGGAGCCACUGGCACAUGCAGGACUAGACCUUUUAUUAAUACAAAGUUCCGCAAAAGGAGACUCUUGAAUACUGCAGGGCUUCAUCUGGUUUCGAAGAAAGCAGCCCGUCCAUCCAACAUUCGCUGUGGGUGCCGGUUACCCUUGGCUUGUUGUGCCUUGUGCACUGGACGUAGUGAUCCCACAUAUCCCAGAGAGCAACCCGAACAAUUGACGGUUCAAGAAAGAAUAGCACUUCUUGAUCCCGCCUAUCAUCCUGUUCUCUCCUUUCCGAGUGAUGUUCCUCAGAGUAUCCAUCUGGAAGCUUUGAUGAGAACCCCUGAGUGGCAACAGAAAAUGCAGCGGGCUGCACAUAAAUCUUCUCAGAGAGUACUGGAAAGGCGAGAGAGGGAAAGGGAGCGAGAGGCGUUUGAUGAUCUUCGAAACAAGAAACAUGUGGUAGACCAUAGGAAGAAGUACCAGAGGCUCAAGAAACCUGGCCACACUCUCGCCAACAUUCAGAAAAUCAAAAAGAAGUUAGGGAGAAAACCGAAGAACCAUGAUACUGAGGCUUUAAUAAGGCACAAAAGAAAGUACAAGUUCAGGAGAAAUUCAUCCCAUUCAGCACACAACUACGAUGAUUCCGCUCUUGAGGAGCUUCGAGUUGAGGUUUCUGGCAGUGGACAUCCCUCUCCAGCCCCAUCACCUGGUGACGAGCGCUCUCACUUUGCUGAACGGACUGAGUCACUAAGGAGGAAACGAGAGAAUUCUUAUGACAUUGACAACAUUGUUAUUCCUCACAGUCUUGCUUCAUCUGCACGGGUAGAGAAGUUGCAAUACAAGGAAAUUUUGACUCCAAAGUGGAGAGUGGUUGAUCCUGAACCAAUAAUAGAAUCUAAAAACAAUGGUGGGGCUCCCCGCAGAUCUAGUCAUGAGAGUGAUGUUGAGGACGUGAGUGAUGAGACAAUAAUCAUGAGGCAUGAACGCUGUGAAGUGGAGGAGCGCAAAAGGUUUAUGGCUUAUGUGAAGAAUGCCAAUGCUAGACCUCGUGCUAAUCGAAGAACGGAUAGUAGAGCUGGCAGUAGUGGUGCCAAUACACCAGAUCCCAUGUCACCAAAUACACCUGUGGACCCUCUGGGUGAUGGUGUAUCACCAAUAACGUCUCCACCUGCAACACCUGGAGCUUCAACUGCUGAACAUGAUCCAUGCUCCUCUUCAUCCAUGCCCGCUUCCAUUAGCAGUCACUUUGCACGGCGCAGCAGGACCUUGUCUCAAUCAAGAUUUGUUCGGGAAGAUUAUGGUCGCUCAGCCACUCCAGAUUGUGAUGAAGUGGCACCAUAUGAGCCUCGCACAUUCCCACUCUCUGAUGAAGCCUAUGAGAAGAUGUUGAAAGUCAUGCCUGAUUGGUACCCUGCUCAACCGUAUGUUGCCAGCAAUCCAUCCAGUGUCGUAGACCAGAGUGAACUGACUGAUGAUGUUGACAUGCAAGAUGGUACUGAUGUGGUUGGAGAGUCUUUACCAGGCACCCCUAGUACUGAUACUGAUUCAGCCCCAGGUGAAGGUGAUGAAGAUCCCAAUGAUCCAGAAUGGACCAUAGGAGAAAAAGAAUCUGCUGUCAAGAGAUAGUAUCUCAUCAUAGAAUACCAUGCUGUGAAAAUCUGCACUGCAAUUAAAAUGAAAAUAUACCAAAAAAAAUUAACUUAGAUAUCUAUAUAUAUGUUGACAUCUAUAUACAUAUACAAUGCAAUUGUGAAAGUGUUUGAACACACAAGGCUGGAACAGAUAUGACUUCACAUUGUUAGAAGUUGCCACCUUAUUGUGUUAAUUCACAUUCAUAUGGAGUCAUUAAUUUAUGUGUCUUUAUUUUAUCUGGUUCGGUGACUACUGGGACAGGUGGGUGUUUGUAACACCGAAUUACCAAACAACAAAGUUCAUAAAAUUGAAAGUUAAGAUUCUUCCUGUUUUUAUUCUUAAAAAAGGAAAUUGUUUUCUAUUUGUAAAGAAACAAAGCUAAGCUAAUAAUAGUUUGACAAGUGAAUGGAUGUAGAUGUUAUUACAAUAACAUUCUCCCAUUAUUUUCUUUUUUUCUUUCUUGUUGUUUUAGCAAUUUUUUUCCCUUUUUUUUUACAGUAACAAUUAUUUUUUAGUGCAAUUGUUAAUGCACUUGGCUUUCUAUUAUUAAUGAGUUCAUAGUUUGUGAAAACCGAGCAUCUAUCUUCCUAACAUGGCUUAUUAUUACCCAGUGCAAGAAUGUCUUUCUUUCUGUUUUGUCACUGAGGGUUUUGUAAGAAAAAGAAAAUAUUGAUGUUUCCUGUGGGAUACAUGUUUUGUGUAUUUUGGACUAGCUUUCUCAGUAAUGAUGUAUUCGAUACUGACACUACAUGAAUAGAUGAUAUAUGCAAGAUAAUCGAAAAGUUACUUCAUCCUAAUAUAAUGUAUUGACAUACACACAACAUGCAUCUCAAUUGUACGAAACUGGUUUGAGCUAGUUUGCAGCCUGUCAAGAUAUGAUUCUUGUGCGGGUUGUGUGUAUGCUAAUACAAUUACAGGGCCUUUUGGACAGGUUGCUGGUUACAAAUUUGUGUAUUCCCUUUUGCCUCCUUAUGCCCUUAAUGUGUCUUUGAAGACAUUAUAAUCUCAUGUAUAUCACCUAUUGUUAAUAAUGAUAGUCUAAACAUAAUUCUAGUGUAUCAGUCACAGACUGAAAAAGGAUAAAAACAAAAAAAAUCCAUGACUAUAUUCAUAUUUUCUUUGUCAUGUGUAGGUCGAUUAGGUAGUUUGAUCUCUCGGUUUUUCGUAUCUAAGUACAGGAUGCUUUGUUUCUAAUUUCAGAAUCUUACUAUUGUAUUUGCAUACUGUAGUGAGAUUUGUUGUUGAUCUGUUCUGCAUUACAGAGUUGUUCGGUGAUAAUUUGUAAAUGCUGCCUUGUGUAGCUGUUUUCUGUUAAGAUGGGUGUCACAUGUUAUUUAAUAUUUGUUUCCUUUUUGUGUUUCAACUGUUUCAAACAACUGUACCUAUCAUUUUAAGUGUACCAUGUUGAGACUCAUGGACUGAAGUGUUAGAAUUUUAUUUCACGUAUCUAGGAACUGUAAAUAGUGUAAAUGUCUGUAAUAAAUUACAACCUAUAAAUAUUGUCAGUAUUGUAGUGUAAUUUUAUACUUAUUUUGUAGACUUGCUCUGUGACUGAGGAGUGUGUGCAAAUUAAAAUGAAUGAAUCCUAGUUAAGCAUUUUAAUGAAUUGUGUUCUCCUACCUGACCUUGAACAUUAUAGCACUUUCAUUGAAUCCUCCUCCAAAAAACGAAAAAAAGUAAAAAAUAAAAUACUUCUAUUGAUGGAUAUUUUAUGUAUGUACCGUAAGAAGUGUCUUUCUUGAUGUGCACCACAUUCAUCAGCUCUGAUUUGCACAAUUAUCUUUCAUUGGCAGACUGUGAAUGUGGGUAGGCUUGUCUAUUCACUUAUUUAUGUGUUUUUAAAAAAUAAGAUAGCAAUUGUCUUAUUUGGAUAUUUUGACAAUGAACAACUCUUUUUUUUUCCUUUGCUUUUGGCGUCCCGGAGUAUAAUUAUUCAUUUGUUUGCUGUCCUGCAACUAAUGACCACCUCUUGUCUCAAUAAGAGACACGUGUAGUAAUAUUUCUUGGUACUGAAAAAAAAAAUUGAGUGAUUGUAUUGUAUAUGUCAUAGGUGUGAAAGGAGGUAAUUUUCAUGUGUUGAAAACUGAUAAAGACUGUCAAAAAAGAUAAAUUAAAUUUGGUGCUAACAUCUAA